GCAAUCUCCUGCAUCGAACCUCUUCAAAACCGGCUUGUCCACAACAGAACACCAGCCGGUGAAAUUAUGUAUUUCUCCCAAAAGAUCACUGAUCCUCAAAGAAAUAAAUAUUUAUCACUUCACUACGUUAGAGCUGUUGAGAUAAUGGAAGUAGAAUGCAUCUCAAAAACCGGAAGGCAAGAAUCGAACAUCUUUUAAAAUUUUUGGAUUAUUGAAAUUCAUGGCUACAAAAUGAGAGCGGAACGUAACAUUGUGGUGAACCUGCUAGUCUUUGUCUUGGCGGAGGGACUCUUAUUAGUUUCAGCAGGAUCUGAAUCACCUAUACACUCUUUUUCCCCUCACAACAAUGGCUUAAAAGAGAAGACAGAUUUGUCUCAUUCCUUGAAGACAAACGAGAACCUAAAACGGGAGCGUUCUUAUAAAGUUAACAACGAAUUUGUAAGAAGAAUAGCAAACAGAUGGUUUGCUACCGAACAUAAAGCAAGGAAGCAUUCCGAGGUCGCUGAUGGGAGUGGUAUGGUGGAAGGGAAUAGAAUGGGUCAACAACAUGAUAACAGAAACGAUGGAUCUGUUGGUAAAUACGAAACUAAUGCAUCCACAACCUCUCAAACUCCCCAUUUAAUUGCUGAUUACGGAAUUCUAGGAAUUUCAGAUGACGAAGACAGCGUUAAGUGGGCAUCUGAUGAGAUGAAAAAGGCAGCAGCAAACAAAGAGAGAACUUCAGGGGAAAUCCAAAGCACGGAAAAUGCCCGAAAUGCUUCCCCUAUGGCAAAUAUGUCGAAACAAAUCUCAAUGAAAGACAGCUCACAGGACUUGGAAACUUCUGUGAAGAUAGCACCUGCUAAUUCAACUGAAAAAAAUGUUGCCAAAGUAAACGAUCUUCAGCCUUCCAGUGGUAACAUAACUGGAAGAGGAAAUAGUACAGACUUACUGUUCCAGGUCACGAAUUUGCCCGAAAGUGAAAAAGCUCCGAUUGCAUUUCGAAAUGCGACUUCGGCGGAUGGUUCAGAACUAAAAAAUAUCACAGCAAAGGGAAAGAGGCCUGGCUCUAUGAUUCAUAACACAACUCUGGCAAAUGUUCAACAGCUUCUUAAAUCUAAUACCACUGUUAAUCACAUGGCACAGCAGUUGAAUACAACUCCGGAAAUGAAAAUAAUCAAAUACAAUGAAUCAAUUUCAAACGUAGCAAUGCAUCACACAGUGUCUGAGGCUGUACAAAAUAACGCACCAGGAAAUGCAACAUCAGAGUCAAAGCUUAGGACAGUAGACAACCAGACAGUGUAUACCAGCCUGUUGCCGCAGAAAAACCGAACACAACUCAGUGAGCAGUUUUCGGCGCAAGCGCAAGCUCCUUCGCUUGAAAUUAACGUUACAAGUCUGAGAAAAGGUCAAUCGUUUGACCUACAGAUACCGAGUUCAAUACCUUCCAAAGGCUCUUAUCAGGAUAAUCACUUUCACUUUGAGCCAAAAGAUACUCUCAGUUCAUCUGAAUACUCACCAGAGGAUUUAGAGAAAAACUCUAACAACAGUUUCUUCCUAAAUGCAACUCUUAAUAUGGUCAGUGCGGAAGAGCAAGAGAAAGUAAUGCAACCUGACAAGUUUCUACAAAAGCUCAAUUCAGAUAUACUUGCUUCCAGAGCAGAAUCUUUGACAAAUAAUGAAAACUUGGGUAGUGAGGUUACGGAUGAGACUUUUCUCUCUGAAUUUGAUUUCCGUACAUUUUAA